AUGUUGCUGUACACCCGACUCGCACCGCCCAAGGUCCCUAAAAAGCGCUCGCGCGCAGGAUGUAGUUAUUGCAAAGAAAAGAAGAAGAAAUGCGACGAAAUUCGACCUGCCUGCGCGCGCUGCCAGGAACGCGGCCAGGAGUGCGUUUACGAACCCGUUCGCCCUCGACAGCGGCGCAAGCGUGAGACCACCGCCGCUUUCUCUCCUUUCGACACCAACUCCUCCUCGGGUUCAGACCGAGCUCAGCCUUUGGAUGGCGACGUUCCAAUCCGGCAAUGGAAGGAGGAUGCUCAGGACAAAUCGGCCGACGAGGACUCGCUGGACGAGGAGGUUCCCAUUGUCACGCAGCCAUCCGUCAGCGAUCUCCCUCUCAAGGCUUCCCUCGUCAAUCCCAUGGAUAACCUCCUAGGUUGGAGCCCUGGAGACCUGCCAGUCGUAUCCCCGAUUGAUUCGAUCGAUUUCCAAUUGCCUGUGUUUGACGAUGGCAUUGCCGUUCAACACAUUGAGAACAGCGAGGAGGAGGAUGUCGAGGAGGUAAUCCGUCGCGAAUCUAUCAUCAGCAUUCCUACUACGACCUACGCUGCGACCUACUCCAAUGCGUACGCGCCUCGAAGCCCCUCUCUAGCCCUCAUUGCGCCUGUCCCAGCGCCGUCUCCACGAUUCGAGUUUUGUUCUCCGGUAUUCUCCGAGUUCUCCGACCGAACCAACAGGCGCGCCCUGGUAGACCACUUCUGCAAUGUUCUGUCACAUCUCAUUGUUUUCCGGGAGGAACGCGGGAAUCCUUUCCAGCAGCUCGUUCUCCCGCUCUGCCAGGACAGCCAGGCCGUUACAAACGCCGUAUUUGCUCUAGCAAGCGCUCACUUGGAAUAUCGGGGUGUCACCAAUGACGAAAAGAGCGUUUAUUUCCACAACAAAGCCAUUCAAGGCCUUGCGCGCUUGAUCCAGAAGGGAGAAGGAGUUAAUCGAAAUGAACUCUUGGCGGCCAUCAUGCUUCUGGUUUACUACGAAGUGUUGGUUCAGAAAGGCCGAUCGAACAUUGUAGAUGGCCAUCUCAAAGGUGCCAUGACUAUUAUGAGCCACAAUGAAACAGCCACUGAUCCCACGGGCAUCUUUUUGGAGCGAGCAUUCCGCUUUUAUGAUGUGAUUGCGGCACUCUCGUUUGGCACUGCUCCCUUGGGCAGUGCUCCAGGAGCCAACUACCUUACACCAUUCCCUCCUCUGGAUUCAGGUGGCGAUAUGUCUCCUCUCAACAGUGUCGACACUCUCCUUGGGAUGGCCACUUCUCUCUGGCCUAUUAUUCAUCGCCUUUCGAACCUACUUGCUCUUAAGGAUCAGCUCGACGCUGCUGUUACCAACGGAGAAGUGAACAAGGUUGCGGUUCUCAGGACGGAAUUCGAAAUCUCGGCGUCAGCUAUCGAAUCCGCCCUGGAAGAAUGGCAUCCCGCUCUGCCUGAAGGCUCAGUCCUCAGCCAAAACCCCGAGGAAUUGACCCCAGAGCAGACGACAGAAAGGAGUCGACUACAGAGUAUCCUCAGCAACGCUCUCUCUUACCGUCACUCUGCCUUUGUCUACCUUUACCGCACCAUCUACAGCUACCCGCGCAACCACCCACUCGUCCAACGCCACACCCACAUUAGUCUCACUCACUGUGUGGGAACUGUCAGCAAUACCGGCCCGAUGAGUGCUCUUCUCUGGCCACUCUUUGUAGCAGCUUGUGAGGCUACCACACUUGCCGACCGUGACUUGGCACGUCAAACCUUCAUCGCUAUCAACCGUCGACAGGGUAUGACAAAUAUUGAGCGUGCGUGGACAAUUGCGCAGGAGGUAUGGCGGCGUGCGGACAAGGCCGAGAUGAUGCAUCAGCAAGAGGAGGCGACAGCCAUGGGCGUCAGGAGCGGCGGAGAUCUAUGGAGGAGAGUGAGCGCUGACAUGGGGGUGACGAUUGUUUUUGGAUAG